GUGUGGGGCUGGAGCAUCGCCAACGCUUGAGGAGGACACGGUGGAGGUGGGUGCUGGAGCACCAGUGCCUGCUGCUGGCUGGUACGGGUGUCGUGCUGUCUCUUCCCUUCCUAGGUGUCCAAGGGCUUAUUACGCUCUUUUAUUUCUCUUCAGGGGGUGAUGGUGAACACUUUUAACAGGAGUUUGCAGUGGUUUAACAGGAUAAGAUGAGAGCUUUGGCUGCUGGAAAGGUUCUCUGGGAUAAAUUCAAUAGCUUUAUCCAGGCAAGCCUAUAGCUGCUAAACUGGUUAAUUUGAGUUCUUUGGGGAAAACUUUUAACAACUUUGAUACACCCAGGCAGGCUGGUUCCUACAUGAAAAGCUGUUUUAUGUCCUUCCUUCUCCCUCUGCUGUGUGGCAGGACUUUGUUCUGCUGCUGGAAAGGGCUUUGAAGGGAGUUGUUCUACUUUUCAAUGACUUGGGCCAUCCAUUUCUUUAUUCCAAGACUUGCCCCUUUCUUUAAGAGCAAAAAUGGAUUUUUCUGAGGGGAGAAAAAGUCUUGUUCCCAGCUUUUGAAUCACCUCAUUAGUUUCCGUGUAUUCAUUCCUCAAAGGCUGUUUGUGAUGAUUUUAAUUUUUUUUUUUUGAGGUCAGGUGGCAUUAGCAUUAACUAACUGCUGGUUGUUCCUGGUGUGUGUGGCCAAGUAGCACCUGUGCCAUCCUGGGGGUGUUUCCUCCUCUGAUUUCUUUCAGUCCAAAGGUGCUGCAGCAUCAGGUCUUUGGGUCAGAAGGUGGGAGCCUGGGGUGCCUUAGGAUGCCUUGUUUCAUAGCGGCCUGAACAGGGGAUGUUUAAAUAGCUCUUAGGAAGCGUUCCUCACAGGUGGCACUGCUGCUGGGUGGGGUGAGCAGGCCCAUCUUCAACUAGGAGGAAAAUGAGGGCACUAUGGUGGGUGUGGGGACCUGAGCCUUCCCUGGGAGGAGGAGGAGGUCCAGUACCUUCACCGUGUGCACGUCAGGCUCCUGGGAACUUUGUGGCUCUCCCAGAGAGGUAGAAGGACCGGGAUACCAGAGAUGAAGUUGUUGAUGAUGGUUGUGCGGAAUGACUGAGUUUGAAUUCUGGGACCUCACGGGGAAUUAUUCACGCUUUGGCAGUGAGUGGGAUAAAGGCCUGGAGCUGACUGGGGGCAGUCUGGGGCGUUUGGGAAAGCAGGGGCUGCCUCCCUUAGUGAGGGUCAGUGACUGUUCUCGGGGCUCUCUCCUACUCUGCCCUUCCCCAGGAAGAGAGGAACACACCUGGCGGUUUGUCAAAUAACACUUUGUUUUUUUCCUUUACCUUGUCUGGAAAGAAUUGCCAGAACAGGGUGCAGAGAACACUUCAUCACUCUAAAACUACUUCUUUUAUGCUUCUUUUUAAACACUAUUUUUAUAACGCUUCCUUUAGUGAGACGGGGGGGGGGGGGGAGGAGGCUUUGUGCCGCCACCCGCCGCUGCGCGAGGCUGUGCUGGGCGGCAGCGGGAGCUCCGUGUGGCGGGGCCGCUGCUGCUCCUCGUCCUCGUACCGCCCACGGCCGGGCCCAGCGCCGUGCCGCAUCCCAAUAAAGUGGUUUCUUUGCACACCGCUGCCAGCUGCGCUUCUGUGGGCACCGCGGGAGGAGCGUGGAGGCCUUGAAGGGGCAAUUCCCUUACGGGCGUGUGGCGGCGGGGCGGGCACCGGAAGAGAAAGGCCUUCGGCAGGAACCACCGGGAGCGGGAGUCACUGCGGGGCCAUGCUGCGGGGCCGCUGGCUGCUGCCCGGGGCCUCCCUGGCUCUGGGUGCGGGGCUGGGAGCAGCGCUCACCGCUCGCUGGCAGCGCCGUGAGGACGAUGCGGAGGCAGUGGCGGGGCUGCUGGGCCGCGUGCCCGUGCUGCCCGUGGUGCAGGCGGCGGCGGCAGCAGGCCCACCAGCGGUCCCCGGGUCCGGCAGAGUCGAGCUGACCAAGUACGGCCUGCCCGGCUUGGCGCAGCUGCGGAGCCGCGAGUCCUACGUGCUGUGCUACGACCCACGGAGCCGCAGCGCGCUCUGGGUGAUCGAGCAGCUCAACCGGGAGACGCUCAGUGGAGCCUCCGACCGCGCUGCCUGCGACUUCCAGGAGGACGACUCGGUGCACGAGUACCACCGCGCCACCAACGCCGACUACCGCGGCAGCGGCUUCGACCGCGGUCACCUGGCGGCCGCUGCCAACCACAAGUGGAGCCAGAAGGCCAUGCGGGACACCUUCUACCUCAGCAACGUCGCCCCCCAGGUUCCUCAUUUAAACCAAAAUGCCUGGAAUAACCUUGAGAAGUACAGCAGAAGCUUGGCAAGGAACAACAAGAAUGUCUACGUCUGCACGGGACCUCUUUACCUGCCCAGGAUGGAGGCCGACGGGAAGAUGUACGUCAAGUACCAGGUGAUUGGGAAGAACAACGUGGCCGUCCCCACCCAUUUCUUCAAGGUGCUCAUCCUGGAAAAGGAGAGUGGGGAGAUUGAGCUGCGCUCCUACGUGAUGCCCAACAGCCCCGUGGACGAGAACAUCCCACUUGAACGGUUCCUGGUUCCCAUCGAGAGCAUUGAGCGAGCCUCAGGGCUCCUCUUCGUCCCCAACAUCUUGAAGAGAACAAGUAACCUGAAAGCCAUCACAGCUGGAAACAAGCGUUGAACCCUGACUGAGGAAAUCCAGGUAUCUUCUGGAAGGGACUGACAGCAGUAGUUCACAACAUCUCCUUGUGCAAUUUUAAAUGCAGGGACUAAGAAUCAAAGCAGCGCUUCCGGCAGCCCUUUCCCAUUUCAUGUAACAGUGAAACACAUGCAAAGCAUGUCUCAGGGACAAGUUGCAUGGAAGGUUCCUGGGCACCUGACAAGUAGUUCUCUAGGAUUUGCCCCUAAGCUGCAGUACCUGGGGGUACUCCUGUAACUCCUUUUGUGUGUGGCUCUUAAAACACAAAGGGAAGUUACUUAAUUUCUGUAUUGAGCAGGGAAGGACGGGAGCAAGACAGGUAGAGGGAGAGGUCCUUGCCUUUCUGUGUCCAGAGGACUGUGUAAUUGUUUUCUUUCGGAAGUUGGUUUUAGCAGUAAAGCUUUGAAAAUCCGAA